AUGGCUCAACGUCCUUCACCAAGUUCACUGCCUUCCCACAUUGACGACUUUCAAAUCAUGUCACCAGAUCACCCUAACCUUCAAACUCUUACCUCGCUAUAUAAAAAGACAACACAAGCUUUCCUUCUUCGAAAUUACGACACCGCUUAUUCCUUGUGUAUGUCUGCGAUUUCGAAGCUUGCCGAUUUCCCACCGGUCACCGUUUCACCUUCAACCAAAAUUAUACAGAUUAAAAUAUGGUGUCUCUACAUAAAUCUCGUAGCUGCCCUGCUUGCCGAAAAACCUCCGAUAGUCACGGAAGAUCAUGAAAUUAAGAGGCUCUUGGAACGACCUCCCGAAAAAAUAUGUGACGAGCUCAAGGAAUGGGAUGCGGCAAGCUCUUUUCUCGAUAGAGACGAAAUCCUUGACAAAGAGCACAAGAAGGCUACCCAGGUUUUAUCCUCGCUCACAAUCCAGCCUUUUUCUACCUUUUGCUUACCCAUCAAAUUCAGGCCAACCCACCCUUCGUCUUCCUAA